AAGUUUAGAAGAAAAAGGAACGGGUUAGAAUCUACGGUUUCUUCUCAGUUCUCACUUUCAGAGGAUCAAAGACUCUGCAAGCUUUUCUCUAGUGAUCCAUCAAACAACCGGCAAUAGUUCAGCGACCGUUCUCCGACGGUGACGAAUUCAACAAGAAACCUCCAAUAAAUAAAUAAAUCUAUCAAGUGAAUACCAUCAGGUUAGCGUGAUCAAAUACAGACAUUAUGAGGCUCAGAUCCAUAAACUACAGAACAAAACGGACACAUCACCAUGGCUGCAAACCUCACUAGAUGCAGUGCAAAAUUUUUCCCUACACAUAUAUCCUCGCUGCAACCCAGCUCUCCACAACCGCCAACUCAGUUCUCCACAGCGACAGUAGUUCCGGCUUCCAUUCUCCACAGCGACUUCCAGUUCCGGCCUCCGGCUCCCAGUUACGAACAGGGCUUGAAUUGUGAAGGAUGAUGUACAAUGAUCCUCAGCAGCAGCGGCCGCAAAUGUAUCAGCAACACCACCCACCACCACCACCACCGCAGCAACAACAAAUAAUGCAACAUCACCAAUUUCAGCAGCAGCAAAUGGGACCACCGCCACAGAUGAUGCGUCAGCCGUCUGCUUCUUCCACAACUCUCGGUGGUUAUCAGGACUACCACCAACAACUCCCUUUCGACGCCCAUGACAACUUUGCUGCCAAAAGGAUGCGGAAAAUUGGACAACGCAGAGCUGUUGAUUAUACCAGCACUGUUGUAAGAUAUAUGCAGACUCAUUUAUGGCAACAAGAUUCACGUGACAGAACAAUAUUACAGCCAACACCAGCUGCAGCAAUUGAUAUGUUACCAACAGUUGCCUAUUCAGAUAAUCCAUCCACCAGCUUUGCUGCAAAGUUUGUUCAUACAUCACUAAACAAAAACCGCUGCUCGAUCAACCGUGUACUGUGGACCCCUACCGGUAGGCGUCUUAUAACUGGUUCACACAGUGGAGAAUUCACAUUAUGGAACGGUCAAUCUUUCAAUUUUGAAAUGAUUCUGCAGGCUCAUGAUCAGCCAAUCAGAUCUAUGGUAUGGAGUUACAAUGAUAAUUGGAUGGUCACCGGUGAUGAUGGAGGCUCUAUAAAGUAUUGGCAAAACAACAUGAACAACGUUAAAGCCAAUAAAUCUGCACAUAAGGAAUCUGUUCGUGAUCUCAGCUUUUGUAGAACAGAUUUAAAGUUCUGUUCAUGUUCUGAUGACACAAGUGUUAAAGUUUGGGACUUUGCUCGUUGCCAGGAAGAACGUUCUUUAACCGGCCAUGGUUGGGAUGUGAAGAGUGUAGACUGGCACCCUACAAAGUCUUUGCUAGUUUCUGGUGGGAAAGACAAUCUCAUGAAGCUUUGGGAUGCUAAGUCAGGGAGAGAACUAUCUUCAUUUCAUGGGCACAAGAAUACCGUUCUUUGUGUCAAAUGGAAUCAAAAUGGUAAUUGGGUAUUAACUGCUUCUAAGGAUCAAAUUAUUAAGCUAUAUGACAUUAGGGCUAUGAAAGAACUUCAAUCUUUUCGUGGUCAUAAGAAGGAUGUCACAGCACUUGCUUGGCAUCCGUUUCAUGAGGAGUAUUUUGUUAGCGGGAGUUUUGAUGGAUCGAUCUUUCACUGGCUUGUUGGGCAUGAAACUGCACAAAUUGAAAUUCAAAAUGCACAUGAUAGUGGUGUUUGGGAUCUUGCAUGGCAUCCCAUUGGGUAUCUUCUUUGCAGUGGCAGCAGUGACAACACAACAAAGUUUUGGUGCAGAAAUAGGCCUGGCGAGCCAGCUCGUGAUAAAGUCAACACGGGUAAUAAUCAAGGAGGUUACAAUGAACAAAAUCCUGCUCUUGGUGGGCGCAUGCCUGUUAAUUUUAUGGGUGGGCCAGAGCCACCAACUACUCCUGGAGCCUUUGCUGCUGGAUUGAGUCGGAAUGAAGGUACUAUUCCCGGAAUUGGAGUUGCAAUGCCCUUGUCUUCAGAUAGUUGUACACAGGGAGGAGACCAAAAACCACCCAUAUCCUCAUCAAUGCCACCACCUUUGCCGCCAGGCCCCCAUCCAUCAUUGUUUCAGCAGCAGCAAGCAGCAUAUCCACAGCAGCCACCAAAUAUGCAGCAUAUGCCACUUCAUUUACCCCGUCCACCGCUUCAUAACAUGCCCCCCAUGCAUGCUCAAAUGGGCACAAUGAACCAGAUGGGCCCACCACCUAUGCAGCAGCAAGGCCAUUUUAUGGGCAUGCAUUCUGGUACCCCACCAAAUAAUAACCAGAUGUAUCCUCCGUCAGGGGGUACGUUUAACCGACCUCCAAUGCCAGGAUUAGGUCCUUAUCAGCUUGGGAAUAUGGGAACAGUCCCACAAAAUUUUGGUACGCCUUCGGGAAUUGCUCCACCGCUGCCUCCUGGACCCCCACCACAUGGACAAACACCUCAGUAGGACUUUGUUGUUCAUCUCAUGGUCUUUUGAUUGAAUUUUCAGUGUUUUUUGGGUUGGUGCAACAAUGUGGUCAAGUGAUCUCAGGUUUAGAUGUGCACUUGGAUCAUAUUGAUUAUAUAUAUUAAUUCAUAACAUACCAACGAAUAGUGUCUAUUUUGUCUUUUAUUACUUUUUUUUUCUUUCUUUGGGUUUUGUUAGUUUUACCUUAACUUUUAACAUCGACACUUAUAGCCUUGUUUCAAUGAAUUCUCCCAUCGUA